UUGGUAACCUAUUUCUGGUUACUCCCAAGAGGACGGACGAUUAAAAGACAGAGAAGUCAGUUUAAGCUUGCCCAUAUCUUCGGUUGACAUGAUAUCGUAUCGUGAGUGCUGCUGCAUCUAAAUUCUAAACUGUAACAAAAGAUUACUACUGGGUUCUGAAAACCAGUCCCUGUUUAUGUGGGUUUCAAGCUCGAUAAUCAAGUCUUGUGGGUUAAAUCAAACUAAGGCAUUUCGUUAUAUCUGGUCUAGGACCUUUCUCUUUCCUCCUCUGCCUCUUUAUAACCCAAGACUUCAGAGCACUUCUGCUAAUAAAACCCACUUUGCAUCACGACAUUAUGCUUCAAACACUGGAGUUUGUUCCAGUAAGCCUUUUGGUGAACACUCUCUGAACCACAUUGAAGUCUCAGAUACUUGUGUUGAAACUAUCAGGAACGUGCUUAUAAAGCACAAUUGGAUACAUAGAUUUGAGAGUGAGUUUAGUAUCGACCUUGAUGAAUACAAAGUCAUUAGGAUAUUGGAUGAUCUAUUUGCAGAAACUUCAGAUGCUUCUCUUGCUCUUUACUUCUUCAGGUGGUCAGAGUUUUGGAUUGGCGCUGAGCCUUCUACCAGGUCUAUCUGCCGUAUGGUUCAUAUUUUGGUAUCUGGAAACAUGAAUUUUAGAGCUGUUGACAUGCUUCUCCAUCUGGUGAAGAGAUCCGAUGGAGAAGAGAGAUCACUAAGUUUAGUCAUGAAUGAUCUUUUCGAAACUCGCGGUGAUCGUAAGGUUUUAGAAACUGUGUUUAGCAUGCUUGUUGAUUGCUGUGUUAAAGAGAGGGAAGUAGACUUGGCCAUCAAACUAGCUUACAAGAUGGAUCAGAUUGGUAUCUUUCCUUCAAGAUGGGUUUGUAUUUCCUUGCUCAAGGAGAUUCUACGGAUUCACGGUUUUGAGUUAGCUAGGGAAUUUGUUGAACACAUGAUUAGUAGAGGAAGACAUCUUAAUGCCGCUGUGAUUAGCUUAUUCAUCAGUAAACACUGCUCUGAUGGUAGUUUUGAUAAAGCCUGGGAACUGCUUAUGGGGAUGAAACAACAGUAUGGAAUCAAACCAGACAUUGUGGCAUUUACCAUUUUCAUUGAUAGACUAUCUAAGGCAGGGUUUCUAAAAGAAACGACUUCAGUUUUGUUUAAUCUCAAACUCUUUGGUAUCUCUCAGGAUUCUGUAUCAGUGAGUUGUGUUAUAGAUGGGUUCUGUAAGGCAGGGAAGCCAGAGGAAGCAGUUAAGCUCAUUCAUUAUUUUCGUCUUAGACCAAACAUUUUUGUGUACAGUAGCUUUCUGGGAAAAAUAUGUACUGAGGGAGACAUGCUUAAAGCUUCGACAGUGUUUCAGGAGAUGUUUGAGUUGGGGCUCCCUCCUGAUUGUGUUUGUUAUACUACUAUGAUAGGUGGAUACUGUAAAUUAGGCAAAAUAGAUGAAGCUUUCCAGUAUUUUGGAGCUAUGUUGAAAAGCGGGAACUCGCCGUCUUUAACUACGUAUACACUGCUUAUUGGUGCUUGCAGCAAGUUUGGAAAUGUAGGUGAUGCUGAAGCUUUGUUUCGGAAUAUGAAAGUGGAAGGUUUGGUGCCAGAUGUUGUUACAUAUAACAAUCUAAUGAAUGGAUAUGGGAAAACCCAUCAGCUGAAUAAAGUUUUUGAGGUUAUGGAUGGAAUGAGAUGUGCUGGUGUCUCUCCAGAUGUUGCAACGUACAAUAUCUUGAUACAUAGCAUGGUCGUUAGAGGAUAUGUUGAUGAAGCAAAUGGUAUUGUCAAUGAGCUUAUGAGACGGGGUUUUGUUCCAAGUGUGUUGGCAUUCACUGAUGUGAUUGGUGGGUUUUCGAAGAAGGGGGAUUUUCAGGAAGCGUUUCUUCUGUGGCAUUACAUGGCUGAUCUUAGAGUGCAACCUGAUGUUGUAACGUGCAAUGCGUUGCUACAUGGGUAUUGCAGAGCGCAGAGGAUGAGUGAUGCUAUGGUUUUGUUUAAUAAGUUGAUUGAUGCCGGGUUAAAGCCUGAUGUGGUUUUGUAUAAUACUCUUAUACAUGGAUAUUGCAGUGUAGGAGAUGUUGAGAAAGCAUGUGAGUUGAUUGGUAUGAUGGUUCAGAGAGGAAUGGUUCCAAAUGAGAGUACCUAUGUAGCACUUGUUGUGGGGUUUGAAGGAAAGAGUGUUGUGAACUCAGAGAAGCAUGCAUCCAUGUUACUUGAAGAAAUUUUUGUUGCAAAUAGUUCCAAGUAA